UCGCAGCGUGUAAAUUUCGCAGGUGGCACACGUUCGCGGUGCGUCGCGGGUUGUAACUCGGCGGGUUUUCCACUCAUGAACUAAAAGAAAAAUAAAAUUAUAUAAAAUAAAAUACCAGAACACAUUGUACAGUGACUCCUUCGGUGCCUUAACAACGUAUUGUUGUAAAAUAUCAUAUACUCAUAUCCUUAGUCCCUCACCUAAGCCGGUCACAUGAAAUUUCAACGUCCAUUGUGCCAGCGAGUUGAACAAUUGCACACGUUUUUAUGUGCCGGAAUGCAAGAAUUCUUUCAAUGCCCGUGUGCUAAGCCCGGCGACAUGGAGCCGGCGCUUUGAACUCUGAACCCGGGACACAGUACAUGGAAUAUUAAUUACACUCGGUUUUGUGUUAAGUGAAGUGUUUAAAAUCCCACAAUGGGUCGCAAAAAGAAGCUGCCAACGGGCGUAUCGUCUGGCGGCAACAACACCUCCGCCCCCAAAUCGGUGGGCGGGUGCUGUGUGCCGCUGGGAUUACCGCAACCUCUGCUGCUCGAGGAGAAGAAGUUCCUGCUGGCCGUGGAGCGGGGCGACAUGCCGAAUGUGCGCAGGAUCCUGCAGAAGGCGCUGCGCCAUCAGCACAUCAACAUCAACUGCAUGGAUCCCCUGGGGCGCAGGGCCCUCACCCUGGCGAUAGACAAUGAGAACCUGGAGAUGGUCGAGCUGCUCGUCAUCAUGGGGGUGGAGACCAAGGACGCCCUGCUGCACGCCAUCAAUGCGGAGUUCGUCGAGGCCGUGGAGCUCCUGCUCGAGCACGAGGAGCUCAUCUACAAGGAGGGCGAGCCCUACAGUUGGCAAAAGGUGGACAUCAAUACGGCGAUGUUUGCGCCGGAUAUCACACCUCUCAUGCUGGCCGCCCACAAGAACAACUUUGAGAUACUCCGCAUUCUUUUGGAUCGUGGGGCGGCCGUGCCAGUGCCACAUGACAUACGCUGCGGAUGCGAGGAGUGCGUUCGCCUGACCACGGAGGACUCCUUGAGGCACUCCCUCUCCAGGGUGAACAUCUACCGGGCACUGUGCAGUCCCUCGCUGAUCUGCCUCACCUCCAACGACCCCAUACUCACCGCCUUCCAGCUGUCCUGGGAACUGAGGAACCUGGCCCUAACCGAGCAGGAGUGCAAGUCGGAGUACAUGGAUCUGCGCAGGCAGUGCCAGAAGUUCGCCGUGGACCUGCUGGAUCAGACGAGAACCUCCAGCGAGCUGGCCAUCAUCCUGAACUACGAUCCGCAGAUGUCGAGCUAUGAGCCCGGGGACCGGAUGAGCUUGACCCGCCUGGUGCAGGCCAUUUCCUACAAGCAGAAGAAGUUCGUGGCACACUCGAAUAUUCAGCAAUUACUGUCCUCCAUUUGGUAUGACGGGCUCCCCGGAUUCCGGCGCAAGAGCAUUGUGGACAAAGUCCUCUGCAUCGGCCAGGUGGCCGUCCUGUUCCCGCUCUACUGCCUCAUAUACAUGUGCGCCCCGAAUUGCCGGACGGGCCAGUUGAUGCGCAAGCCCUUUAUGAAAUUCCUCAUCCAUGCCUCCUCCUAUUUGCUCUUCCUGUUCAUCUUGAUUCUGGUGUCGCAGCGGGCGGACGAUGACUUUGUGCGUAUCUUCGGAUCGGCCAGGAUGAAGAAGGAGCUGGCUGAGCAGGAGCUGCGUCAGCGUGGCCAGGCCCCCACUAAGCUGGAGCUCAUGGUGGUGCUCUAUGUGAUUGGGUUCGUGUGGGAGGAGGUGCAGGAGAUAUUUGCAGUGGGCAUGAAGAGUUAUUUGCGCAACAUGUGGAACUUCAUCGACUUUCUGCGGAAUAGUUUGUACGUGAGUGUGAUGUGCUUGAGGGCCUUUGCCUACAUCCAACAGGCCACGGAAAUAGCCAGGGAUCCGCAGAUGGCCUAUAUACCCCGCGAGAAGUGGCACGACUUUGAUCCGCAGCUUAUUGCCGAAGGACUCUUCGCGGCGGCCAAUGUCUUCUCGGCCCUGAAACUGGUGCACCUGUUCAGCAUCAAUCCCCACCUGGGUCCGCUGCAGAUCUCCCUGGGCCGCAUGGUCAUCGACAUCGUCAAGUUCUUCUUCAUCUACACCCUGGUGCUGUUCGCCUUCGCCUGCGGCCUGAACCAGCUGCUCUGGUACUUCGCCGCCCUGGAGAAGAGCAAGUGCUAUGUGCUGCCGGGUGGCGAGGCGGAUUGGGGCUCCCACGGGGACUCCUGCAUGAAGUGGCGCCGCUUUGGCAACCUUUUCGAAUCCUCGCAAUCGCUGUUUUGGGCCAGUUUCGGGAUGGUCGGGCUGGACGACUUCGAGCUGAGUGGCAUCAAGUCGUAUACGCGAUUCUGGGGUCUGCUCAUGUUCGGCUCGUACAGCGUCAUCAACGUGAUUGUGCUGCUGAACCUGCUCAUCGCCAUGAUGUCCAAUUCGUAUGCUAUGAUUGAUGAACACUCGGACACGGAGUGGAAGUUCGCCAGAACCAAGCUGUGGAUGAGCUACUUCGAGGACAGCGCCACCCUGCCGCCGCCCUUCAAUGUCCUGCCCUCCGUCAAGUGGCUCAUCAGGAUCUUCCGCAAGUCCAGCAAGGCCAUCGAUCGACAGCGCUCCAAGAAGCGACAGGAGCAGGAGCAGUUCAGCAAGUAUGACAACAUAAUGCGCUCCCUGGUCUGGCGUUACUUGGCCGCCAUGCAUCGGAAGUUCGAGAAUAAUCCCGUAUCGGAGGACGAUAUCAAUGAGGUCAAGAGCGAGAUCAAUACGAUGCGUUACGAAAUGCUUGAGAUAUUUGAGAACAGCGGCAUGGAUGUAUCCUCAGCCAACAAAAAGGAGAGGCAGCCACGACCCAGGAGGAUAAAAGUCUGGGAACGGCGCCUGAUGAAGGGCUUCCAGGUGGCUCCGGUGCAGAAUAGCUGCGAACUAGAUGCCUUUGGCAAUGUCAACGGUGAGGGAGAAAUGCGGGAGAUCAAGGUGGAGUCCAUUCCCUCAAGGCCAGAAAAGGAAACUGCCAGGGAGCGAUUCCAGCGGGUGGCUCGCACCGUCCUUUUGCAGUCCACGGCUCACAGGUGGAACGUGGUCCUUAAAGCCGCCAAGGAUUCUCAAAUAGGCCAAUGCGCCAAGAACGACAGGAAGAAUCUACAGAACCUGGGCAGAGCCAUCGAGGAGGCCAAGAGGCUCAUACUGCUCAAUCCGGGAGGUCCUUCCGGUCGUGAAUCGCCUAUUCGCAUUGAGUUUGAGGACGAAAAGGCAAGCACUUUGCUGGAGCUACUUAAUCAAAUCAGUGCUGAGAUUAGUGAUAGCGAAAGACCCAAGGUGAAGCCCAUCUGGCGGCCACCUCUGAAGUCCGUUCCUGCCCGUGCCAUGGCAGCCAAUAACACCAGAUCUAUGACAGCUCCCGAGCUGAAGAUCGGCAGGAAAUCCUCGCCAGCACCCACUCCGGGUCCCACUCCCGGACACACGGCAGUCAACCAGCUGAGGAGCCGAGAGCUUGCCCUGUGCCCCAGCAAACUUAUAGCCAACUCAACUUCGGGAACCUCCAUCGCUCCUCCCAAGAAAUCAGCACCCUCAGCCCCAGCUGCUGCUCCUCCACCACCCACCUACAAGAAGGCCAACCCACCUUUCUCCGUGGAGGGUCGCAUCCGGCGUAAUACCCAUACUUCAGAUGGUGUGCCAACCGGCAAUUCGAGCUUCGACAUCCACGUGGUCGAUCUGGACGAGAAGGGCGCUCAUUUGGCCAGGGAUAAUGUUUCCGAUAUCAGCUCCAUUGCCAGCACGAGUCCCCAGCGGCCAAAGCAUCGAAACUAAAUGUGAUUGUGGCAUGGACACGGGUGAUAAAUCGCCUUGUUUCCACCAGAUGCCUUACAAAUAGCUAUAUUCUUGUAUAUCUAUCCAUAAACAAGGAAUAAAUGUAUUUAGGCAAAUUAA